AUGGCUGUCUUUUUAGGAUCACAACAACAAAUAAAACAAAGACGGUUGAAGAGCGCCAGACUGGUGGGAGAAUAUGAGAAGCCAUGGAUCGAGGGCUCACCAUAUAAGAAUCGAGAGCGUUGGGACAAGAUCAUUCUUUGGGGAUGCAUCACACUUGGCUUUGGAGUCGGCAUUGCAUUGUGUACCUUAACAUAUUUCAAGAUUCCGCGGCAUGAGGCAAGUUAUUGUCUUGUCAUGGCUGAUGAGUUCAAGAAUUUGGAUAAUUGGUCCCACGAAGUCCAGAUUGGGGGUUUUGGAGCAAACUCGUUCGAAUGGGCAACGGACGACCCUCGUAACAGUUAUAUCGCUGAUGAUGGACUGCAUCUGAAGGCAACUUUGACGCUCGAUACAAGUGAUAUCACGCCCGACCAACUUCUCAAUGGCUAUACCCUCAACCUCACUGCCGCUGGCACUUGCACUUCCAAUGAUACAAAAUCAACCGAUUGCGUUAGAACUAGCAACGCCACUACCUCUACAAUUAUCAACCCUGUUCGUUCUGCUCGUAUUACGACUAAAGGAAAGAAGACCAUCAGGUACGGCCGUGUGGAAGUGGUUGCAAAAAUCCCGCCCGGGCAAUGGCUAUGGCCAGCUAUCUGGAUGAUGCCGCAAGACUCUGUCUAUGGUGCUUGGCCACGAAGCGGCGAGAUUGACCUUAUGGAAGCCCGCGGCAACGACCCCGCGCAUUACCUCCUUGGCUCUGACACAAUUUAUUCCACGAUACAUUGGGGUCUCGAUUACUUUACAGAUCAGUCCAAACAGACAGCUAGUUGGUAUACAAGGCAACGAGGAAGUUAUGCUAGUGGCUUCCACACGUAUGGGAUGGAAUGGACUCCAGAAUAUCUUUACAUCUAUAUCGACAAUAAGCUACUACAAAGUCUUUCUGUGAAGUUCGGCCCAAAGACCAUGUGGGAACGAAGUGGUCUCAAAGCACCGGGUCAUCCACCCAAAGACCCCUGGUCUUACACGAAGAGCGUCAGCACACCCUUCGACCAAGAUUUCUACCUCAUCUUGAACGUCGCCGUUGGAACGACUGGUGGAUUUUUCGCAGAUUCGGUCGGAGGCAAACCAUGGGUGGAUCGAGGUUCCCCAGCGGCCAUGAUGGAUUUCUGGAAGGCCAACGCUACUUGGUACCCCACUUGGGAUCCGGACGGAAUGAUAGUCAAGUCAGCCAAAAUGUGGCAAUUAGGUGCAUGCUCAUCUCCAGAGAUCUGA